UCUCUCUCUCUGUCUCUGUCUCUUCCCCUCUCUUGAGUGUAGAAAGUGCGAACGUCGUACUCCAAAUGCUCGUGCAGGCUGGCAGGGUCGUUGCCAUUACGCGACUGCUCCUGUUGUCAAAGUCGAAGCCGUAGUUCGAUCGAAUUGGAAUAGCUCCCUUUUGAUUUUUGCAGGCCAUCUCAUACCAGGGAUACUGCAGGCCGUGUUUGAAUCUCCUGAGACUGGUGGCUUGAUCAGGUAAGAUAUAGGAAGCACUCAUUUCCCUUCAACCGAAAGACACUAAAAGAAAAAGAAGGAUGGCGAACCUGGGUAAUCUGGAGCAACAGAUCUCGAGCCUGCAGAUCGGCGAUGAGGCAGCCAAGAAUGCUGCUAAGCCUGGCAAGAAGGUCGGACCCGCAGUGCCGCCGAAGCCGAAGAAGUCUCAACCUCAGGCCCCGCCUGUGCCAUCGUACAGCACGGUCCUUAACAAUACGUCCAGCGACAAAACCUCGAACUUAUACAUGAACGCACCCUCGCCGUACGUCCCGUUGGAUAUAAAGAAUGACUUUUCGCAGAUGACAUCUGCGAACGGCAAGGAGGCGUCGAAGAUUUAUCAGAACAAUGACAAUUUGUACGCUUGUCAGCCAGAGGAGAAGUUCGAGCCGAAGUACAGAUACGACGAGAAGAAUUAUUAUUCCAAUAUAGGGAACAUGCCGGCACCUCAGGUACCUGUGGCGGACGAUCGCGUGAACAGGGCGACCAGAAACGCAGUAUACAGCAACAUAGAACCACCGGUAGGCUCCGCGUACGAGUAUGUACCAUAUGAAAUGAAUAAGGAAAUUAUAUACAGCAACAUUCAGUGGAACCCUAAAACGGAGAAUACAUAUUGUAAUGUUCCUGCACAUGGGGCUGACGAUUUGCCACCACCGCCGGAGCCGUCAGAGUACGUUUCCUGCGUACCCGGGAAUUCAUUUCCACCGCCGCCUGACGAGCUGCCUCCGCCACCGAGUCCUGUUUCGUCGAGUUACAGCGAGUUGAGACGUGCUACUUAUCAGACCGAUUUUCCAUCAGGCAACUAUCCCGCUGAUAUCUAUGGGCCGAGUUCUCAGUCUAGCUCAACGUACGAAUCCAUAUACGAACCAAUUAAUCCCAGACCACCGUCGCAAUUGUCAUGUAACUAUUCCAUGUACUCCGGUUACGGAUCGGCUACAUCUACUCAGCCGCAGGGCAAAGUAUCUCCCGUUAAAGAAGUCGACGUUCUUACGGAUCUGUUAGUUCAAGGAAUGGAGGAUAAUAAUGAAGACAGUGAUAUAUAUGGCAUCUGUGCGCAAUGCGGACGCAAAGUAGAGGGAGAAGGAACCGGAUGCUCGGCGAUGGAUAAAGUCUUUCACAUAAGUUGUUUCUGCUGCUUCAUAUGCAAGGUCAAUUUACAAGGAAAACCUUUCUACUCGUUGGAAGGUAAACCUUAUUGUGAAGAGGAUUAUCUCAAUACUCUGGAAAAGUGUUGCGUUUGCACCAGACCGAUACUAGACCGAAUAUUGAGAGCUACUGGCAAACCAUAUCAUCCCUCGUGCUUCACCUGCGUUGUCUGUGGACAAAGUCUCGAUGGUAUACCGUUCACUGUGGAUGCUACGAAUCAAAUACACUGUAUUCAGUGUUUCCACAAGAAAUUCGCUCCGCGUUGUUGCGUCUGUAAGCUGCCUAUAAUGCCCGAGCCUGGUCAGGAUGAAACCAUACGAGUGGUAGCACUAGAUCGUAGUUUCCACAUUCAAUGCUAUAAGUGUGAAGAUUGUGGAUUAGUAUUGUCAUCCGAUUCGGAAGGACAUGGCUGCUAUCCCCUGGACGAUCACAUCUUGUGUAAAAGUUGCAAUGCUACUCGUGUCCAAGCCUUAACGUCUCAUAUGACGACCGAAUUAUAAAUAUAUAGACGCGAGACAAGCUUAUAUAAUUUGUUGAAACUUCGGAAAUACGAAUGAAAUGUUAAAUCAAGUAUCGUUGUGAUUAACUGUAGUGAAAUAAGUACCGCUAUAUACACGGUAUUAUAGGUCCUUUUUUAUGCGUACACAAUUUUUCUAUUCCGCUUCUAUUUACACCUCAUAUAUUCAAAACCGAUAUUUGCUAUCCCAUUAUAUUAACGAAGAAUCGUUUUUUAACACUUUACCUGUUAGCAGACUAAGGAAAAAAAAAUUAUACUGUCUAUAUUUGGAUCUUUUUAAUAAUCUGGCACGAAAAGAAAACAAUUGUCAACGAUUAUUUAUAUUCUAAUAAUCUUUAACGAUUAUAAGAUCAAUGCAUUAGAAUUUCGCCACUGCCAUGACCGAAGCAUUUUCUCCGUACAUUACGAAACAAAUGUUGGCAAAUUAAUAGUAGAUAUAAGUUUGAUGUCCGAGGCAAUUUUCCUGCAGAUGUGAUUAUCAUUGUGAUUCUAGUAAAGUAUUCGAUGUAUCGUAAAGUAUUUAACGUGUAGUUUAUCGUCGACAGGAAUACCGCUUCGAUCCAUUUAUUUAGAGGUUAGAUAUUAGAUUCGGAAAGUAGGGUUAUUAUUGACAAUAUUGGUGAAAUACCGGCGAGAAAGCGUGCCAUUUCUUCUUGUGAACGUAUCUUAAAUAGAUCCUUGCAAGACUAUCGCAAGACUAGAGAAAGGAAAGAUAAACGCUCAAUCUCAAACUUAUGAUGCGAUUAGUUUCCGAACUUUUUCGAAUGGGUAAGACAUUACAUCGAGGAGAGACUUGUAUGAUCUCUGUAUUAUAGUAUCAAUAAAAAUACAGUUUGUUAUUUAUGGCCAAAGAGUAACACUUCGUUUUUGCCGACCAUUCUUGCCCAUCCGAUGAUUUUCACUACGCAUGUAGACACUGCACUUUUAGCCUGCAUUUACCGAAUGAUAUCGAUUAUGAUCGAGCUUUGCAUGUUUCACUAUUUUAAUGAAAGUUGCUAUUAAUAUAUAUCGUUAUAUUACUAUUGUGAUUGUAUUAAUAGUUAUACACGGUGGCUCAAGCUACCGCACUUCCUUCCAGUUACAGAUUUUCUCAAGAAUUCGAAGUUUUUUUCUUAGCAAAAAAUUCAAUUGCGAGCACGCAAUUUUUUUUACAAUUUGUAAUA